UAGCAGUACCGCCAUUGAUAUCUAUAUAUAUAAGAAGCUCACACAGCUGCGUUUCAUCGUCUCCGAAUCUUCUCUUAAAUUUUGCCUUCCCGGGCCUAACCCUAGCGAUCUCUUGCUCCAUCUUUGUUGUUAUUAGAGAUGGCUUCUAUUGCUGCGUUGACUCUUCCGUCUUCUUCUUCUUCGUCGUUGGCGUUGUCGUUGUCGUCUCUGUUCGCUGUUGGCUCUCUCGACCAUGGAGCUUUUGUUCCUAAUGUGUCUCCGUCCCGAAUGUGUUAUAAUGGCAGAGUUCGAUGUGAUCUCUCCGAGUCUUUGAAGCAUGUAAACGGGAAACCAGUACUUCCAGUUGUUACUGAACGGACGCUGCCCAAGUUCUUGGAGUCAGCUCGCAUGGAUAGAAGAGUAGAUAGAAGAGUUGAUCGAACUAGUACGCGUUUGAAAUUGUUUUCCGGGUCUGCAAACCGUUUACUUUCACAGGAAAUUGCCUGUUACAUGGGGCUGGAACUUGGAAAGAUCAACAUCAAGCGGUUUGCGGAUGGGGAAAUAUAUGUUCAAUUGCAAGAGAGUGUUAGAGGAUGUGAUGUAUUCCUAGUACAGCCCACCUGUCCCCCUGCUAAUGAGAAUCUUAUGGAGCUCUUAAUUAUGAUAGAUGCUUGUAGGAGAGCCUCAGCCAAAAAUAUUACUGCUGUAAUUCCAUAUUUUGGAUAUGCUAGAGCUGAUAGAAAGACUCAAGGGCGUGAAUCCAUUGCUGCAAAGCUUGUUGCCAACAUCAUUACUGAAGCUGGUGCAAAUCGUGUUCUUGCUUGCGAUCUUCAUUCAGGGCAAUCCAUGGGUUACUUUGAUAUUCCUGUGGAUCAUAUAAAUUGCCAUCCCGUGAUUCUUGACUAUCUCGCCAGCAAGAGGGUUUGUUCUAGUGAUUUGGUAGUGGUUUCUCCUGAUGUUGGAGGAGUUGCCAGAGCUCGUGCUUUUGCUAAAAAGCUGUCUGAUGCACCUUUAGCUAUAGUGGACAAGAGGCGCCAUGGUCACAAUGUUGCCGAGGUGAUGAACCUGAUUGGUGAUGUAAAAGGAAAGGUUGCAGUUAUGGUUGAUGAUAUGAUUGACACAGCUGGAACCAUUACAAAAGGGGCUGAACUGCUACAUCAAGAGGGAGCCAGGGAAGUUUAUGCUUGUUGCACUCAUGCUGUUUUCAGCCCGCCUGCCAUUGAGAAGUUGUCCAGUGGCUGCUUUCAAGAGGUGAUAGUUACAAACACAAUUCCAGCCCCCCAAAGUCACUUCCCUCAGUUGACCGUCCUCUCGGUCGCAAACUUGAUGGGCGAAACCAUCUGGCGUGUUCAUGACGAUUGUUCAGUGAGUAGCAUUUUUCAAUGAAAUCGCAGUGGAGCUACUCAAAACUUCAGUCGUGGCUGCUCCCUUAUUUAUGGAGGUCUGUUGCCAGCUUAUUUUAUAAUUGGCAUAUAGUUUCCUUCAACGUGACACGAUAAAAAUGACCCUCCCUUUGUUUCAUAGCAUAACAUGGAUUAAGCCCCGUCUGAGUUAUCAAAAGAAGAAGGUUGCCAAUCUUGUGGCCGAUUACAUCUGAUAGAUUAGGUAGGUAGGUCUAUAUUACUGCUUUUCAGCAUUGAGAGUGAGCGAUGUGAACUCUAAAUCAAGGUUUCUGUCAUUUAGUUUCCUUGAAUGUGUAAAUUUCUGUGUCUCGUUUUCAUAUGUUUUAAAUGAGAAGCAUUCGCAAUUUUGAGCCUC